AUGAAUCGUGAUGAAGGCGAAAGACCCGACGUGGGUACCCUCACUGGAGAGGAAGUGGCCAGACACAACUCCAAAGAUUCAUGUUGGGUAAUUGUCCAUGGAAAAGCCUAUGAUGUGACAGAGUUCCUACCAGAGCACCCCGGCGGUUCCAAGAUCAUUCUCAAGUACGCUGGCAAAGAUGCCACCGAGGAAUUCGACCCCAUCCAUCCUCCCGAUACGUUGGACAAGUACCUACCUCAAGAGAAACAUCUCGGACCUGUGAACAUGGAGACUGUCCAGCAAGAAGAAAAGGAGGAGAGCCCAGAGGAGAAGGCAAGACAAGAGCGCAUCAAGAACAUGCCACCUCUUGAAGCAUGUUACAAUCUCAUGGAUUUUGAGAGCGUCGCGAGACAGGUGAUGAAGAGACCAGCCUGGGCAUACUACAGCUCCGGUGCCGACGACGAGAUCACCAUGAGAGAAAACCAUUCCGCCUUCCACAAGAUCUGGUUCAGACCAAGGAUUCUGAUUGACGUGGAGAACGUGGAUAUCAGUACGACCAUGCUCGGGACAAAAUGCGAUAUUCCCUUUUAUGUCACUGCAACUGCACUGGGGAAGUUGGGCAAUCCCGAGGGAGAGGUUGUUCUGACAAGAGGAGCAAAGAAACACAACGUCAUCCAAAUGAUUCCUACCCUGGCUUCCUGCAGUUUCGACGAAAUCUGUGAUGCUCGGGAAGGUGACCAAUGUCAAUGGCUUCAGCUGUACGUCAACAAAGACAGGUCGAUCACAAAGAAGAUCGUCCAGCACGCCGAAGCACGAGGCUGCAAAGGUCUCUUCAUCACGGUCGAUGCUCCCCAACUGGGCAGACGAGAGAAGGACAUGCGCAGCAAGUUUGACGAUACCGGAUCCAAUGUCCAAAAAACGAGCGGCGAGAACGUUGAUCGAUCCCAAGGUGCCGCCAGAGCCAUUUCGAGCUUUAUUGAUCCCAGCCUAAGUUGGAAAGACAUUCCGUGGUUCUUGAGUAUCACGAAGAUGCCCAUCAUCCUCAAGGGUGUCCAGCGUGUAGAGGAUGUGCUCAAGGCCAUCGAGGUUGGCGUCCACGGUGUUGUCCUAUCCAACCACGGCGGUCGCCAGUUGGAUUUCGCCCGCUCGGGCGUUGAGGUUCUCGCCGAGGUCAUGCCUGUUCUACGAGAGAGAGGUCUGCAGGACAAGAUUGAGAUCUUCAUCGACGGCGGUGUUCGCCGAGCAACCGACAUCAUCAAGGCUUUGUGCCUGGGUGCCAAAGGUGUUGGCAUUGGCCGACCAUUCCUCUUCGCCAUGUCCGCCUAUGGAUUGCCCGGUGUUGAUCGUGCCAUGCAACUACUAAAAGACGAAAUGGUGAUGAACAUGAGGCUUAUUGGUGCCUCCAAGGUGGAAGAGCUGACCCCCGAUAUGGUCGACACCGCUGGCUUGCGGUACCAUACUGCGACUGUCCCACAGGACACGCUGGGAAUUCGGGCCUACGAUCCUCUAAUUACACCCAAUGAGAUGCUAAAGGCAAGACUAUGA